UUCUUCUUUAUAGUGUAUCGUCUUGUAUAUCUAUACUUUGUGAUUGUUGAGAACAUCGUUCACUUCGUUCAUGCAGUGUCGGAAAGAUGUCUGCUCAUAAAACGUUUAUAAUCAAGCGAAAGCUUGCCAAAAAGUUGAAGCAAAACAGACCUAUUCCUCAAUGGGUUAGAAUGCGUACUGGUAAUACUAUCCGGUACAAUGCAAAGCGUCGUCACUGGAGGAGGACUAAAUUGAAGUUGUAAUUUAGUCUUAAGGUUACAUUGAUACCAAUUCUGUUAUCUCCAAUGAUUUUCAAAUACAUUAAAUAAAACCUUUAAAUUAAUCUU